UUGAGUGGCACCAUCUCUGACCUCGUCAUGGGGAACUCGUACGGCUUCCGUGUCUUCGCUGAGAAGAAGUGCGGCACGGGCAAGGAGGCGACCGUCGCAAAGGGGCAGGUCACCAUCGACAAGAUAGGUAUCGAGUACACACCCCCGGAGUACCCAGCCUUUGACUUCAGCGAGGCUCCCAAGUUCACGGCUCCCCUGAACGAUCACGCGGCGACAGUAGGCUACACCACCAGGCUGCUGUGCGCUGUGCGCGGGACCCCCAAGCCCAAGAUCGAGUGGCUGAAGAACCAGAUGAUCAUCGGCGACGAUCCCAAGUUCCGGCAGAUCAGCAACCAGGGUGUGUGCUCCCUGGAAAUCCGCAAGCCGUGCAGUUUCGAUGGCGGGAUCUACACCUGCCAGGCCCGGAACCCCCACGGGGAGGCCGCCGUGGCCUGCAAGCUGGAGGUCAGACAGGUCAUACUUCCUGAGGCUGUCAAGGGAAGAAAGUAAACCCUCAAACAUACACACAGAUUAAGGAUCUUCCUGGACAUUUAUGGAGGUGGUUGAAAGAAGAACAAAAAUGUGUGAAUAUAAAGAAAAAGAAAGUAUGUUUAUUGACUCCAGCAGUUGGUCUGUACUCUGUGAGCUCACAAAGCCAAGUGACAGUGUCCUUUCUGGUCAGAAAAAUGAAUAUCCACAAAUAAUACGGUCAAACUCUAAGUAAAGAUGGAACCAGAUAUCUGGUGGGGUGCUAUUCCUGGCUGUGUCCUCUAUUGUGGCUGUAUAAGUUAAGUAGUUGUGCCAAGAAAAUGACUGAAUCAAAUUAACAUUGCAUCAAAAUGGACAUUGUUUGAAAAUGCAUAGAUAUUUAUUAAAACUCAUUUUCAUUCUGUUCCAAUUUUAGAGGUAGCGUGUCUGUGUCUUCGUUACGGGUGUCUGUUUCUUCUCAACAAGCUAUUUUAAUGUAGGACUUUAAAUGUUUCUUCUGGGCAGUGUUAUCAUGCCCAUUGAUUUAGGGCAGGCACGUGUUUGCCCAAACUUGGCCAAUAAAAAAGAAAGCAA